UACAACGUGAAGAACACACAAUUCGCGCAAUUUUUGUAAUGGCUAAAAGCACAUUUGAGUUGAGCUUCAGCUUAUUUACCUACUGAAAAUGGAUGAGGACGAGGCACAAAAACAGAGGCUUAAAGCUGCUGUGCACUACACUGUCGGCCGUCUCUGUCAAGACAUCGCCGCAGACUGCGAGAAACAAAUCACUAAACAGACAAUAGCAGCUAUUGCAGAGACUGCGUUCAGACAGUGCGAUAUAUUUGCCAAGGACUUGGAAGCGUUUGCGAGGCAUGCUAAACGACACACCGUUACAGUGGAUGAUGUGAAGCUGACAGCGAGGAGAACCACGGCACUGUACAACUACAUUCAGCAGAAAAGUGAAGAACUGGCUUUGAACAACCAAGAACUGAAGGAGAAGAGGAAGAAGAAUGCUGCCAAGAGGAAGAGUAAAGACAUAGAAGCUGAGGGGGAGAAUGAGCUUGAAGACAGAACAAAAUAAAUGUACAAAUCCUCAUUAAUUGACAUUUGAGUUUUACAGAGUACUUGGUUUUUGCAUGUAGUAAUAAAACAGCUGUGCAUAUAUUUGUACA